GUUUACUGCUCCGCUUCAUGUUUACACAUGUUUUAAGUUUCACGUGGAGAAUCCUCAUUGAUAAUGUCUUCUAAGAAGAAUAAAAACAAAUCGAAAAGAGUGAGCGAGGGAGAUAAUUCACUGAUUCAGAAUGAUGAGUCCUGCAAUCUGCAAACAUCUGGGCUGGAUGGAGGAACCUGCAGAACUUCCAACUGCAACUCAUUCGCUGUUAUGGAUUUCAUUGAAAAAGCCGAUGAUAAAACACCCAGAAGUUGCCGAUGGACUUUAGCUCAGCUGAGCCUCAAUUCUAUGAAGUCUGCAGGUGUUUGCAUCGGGAGGCCGGUCCUGCUGACGAGUCCUUCAGGACGCCAAGAGGUGUGCCUGGGUUGGCCUGUUGCAUCGUUUCCAGGCGGAAAAGUUGGCCUUCAGAAAUCUGCUCAGAAGAAUCUGGGGAUUAAACCAGGGGAGGCGGUGGUGCUGCACCCGGUAACGGGUCCUGUGGUCCAGAUUGAAGAAGUGGUUCUCUCUAAUCGGUCAAAGGAUGAAACUCUUGAUGCAGAUGAAUUCAAGAACUUCUUAGUGAGGACUUUGGCUGGAAGCAUCAUCCUCCCAGGAAACAUUGUCUUUCUGAGUUAUUUUGGACGCUCCUGCAGUCUUCGGGUUGAAACCAUCAGAGGGGAGGACGGCGUCACCCUCCAGAGACCGGCUGCUCCUCUGGGAGCUCCUCCUGAUACAGACUCCUCAGUGCUGAACUCCACAUCAGCCGAUCUCUCCCUGCAGCUCAGCAUGCUCACUGUAGAUGACGACGCCACACCAGGCACACCCGGACAGCCGCGCCCAGCUGCUAGCACCCCUCUCCGAUCGGCUCCUCUUCCCUCCGUCUCACCGCCUGCCGCUCCUCUCACUCCUUCCUCCACCUCCUUCAAUCCCUCCACUGCUGAGUCUGCAGAAGAGGCCGAUCCUGACGACUGCACUGGUUCAGGGCAUUCUGAAAAGACGUCCACAGCGCCCACUGCUGGUUUUACGUGUAGUGACACGUUCUACUGUGUCACGUGUUCCACCAAAGUCAGACUUAGCAGCAGAGCAGGGCAGAGAGACUCAGACAAAGAUGAAGAAGUCCCCAAAUCAAAGGUCACAUAUAGCAUGAUUGGUGGUCUGAGCAGCCAGCUGGAUGCCAUCAGAGAAACCAUCGAGCUCCCCCUCAAACAACCAGAGCUUUUCACUAACUACGGUAUCUCGCCUCCUCGAGGGGUUCUCCUCUACGGACCGCCAGGCACGGGAAAGACUAUGAUUGCCCGAGCCAUAGCCAACGAACUGGGCGCUCACAUGGUGGUGAUCAACGGGCCAGAGAUCAUCAGCAAAUUUUAUGGCGAAACAGAAGCGAAGUUAAGACAGAUAUUCACAGACGCAUCUCAGAGGCAGCCUGCGAUCAUCUUUAUAGAUGAGCUGGACGCUUUGUGCCCAAAGCGAGAAGGAGCUCAGAAUGAGGUGGAGAAACGAGUCGUCGCUUCUCUCCUGACUCUGAUGGACGGCAUCGGUUCGGAGGGUCACUCAGGCCAGCUGUUGGUCCUGGGGGCCACAAACAGGCCCCAGGCCCUCGACCCUGCUCUGCGCAGGCCAGGACGCUUUGACAAGGAGUUAGAGGUGGGGGUUCCUGGUAGUGCAGAGCGAGCGGAUAUUCUGCAGAAGCAGCUAAGUAUGGUGCCGUGCAGCGCCAGCGCAGAGGAGCUGAUGCAGCUGGCCGAUGUCGCACACGGAUACGUUGGAGCAGAUCUAGCUGCUGUUUGCAAAGAAGCAGGUCUGCAUGCACUAAGGCGAGCUCUGGGAGCUUCCAACCAAGCAUCUGACCAGCAGCUGAAGGGGAAGGUGACCGUCUCUCUGCAGGACCUCCAGUGGGCCAUGACUGUGGUAAAGCCCAGUGCAAUGAGAGAGGUUGCUAUCGACGUUCCUAAGGUCCGCUGGUCUGAUGUUGGUGGGAUGGCAGAGGUGAAGCUGAAACUGAAGCAGGCCGUGGAGUGGCCCCUGAGGCACCCGGAGGCCUUUACCCGCAUGGGGAUCCAACCACCAAAAGGAGUCCUGCUCUAUGGGCCCCCAGGCUGCUCCAAAACCAUGAUAGCCAAAGCCCUGGCCAAUGAAAGUGGCCUCAACUUUCUGGCUAUUAAAGGUCCAGAAUUACUGAGCAAGUAUGUUGGGGAGUCUGAAAGAGCAGUUCGAGAGGUGUUUCGGAAGGCGAGGGCCGUCUCUCCAUCCAUCGUCUUCUUUGAUGAGAUCGAUGCUCUUGCCAGCGAAAGAGGAAGCUCCGCAGGGUCCAGCGGCGUAGGCGACCGGGUCCUGGCUCAGCUGCUGACAGAGAUGGACGGCAUCGAGCAGCUCCGAGAUGUCACCGUCCUGGCCGCCACCAACCGACCCGACAUGAUCGAUAAGGCUCUGAUGCGUCCAGGUCGCCUUGACCGGAUCGUCUUUGUUCCCCUACCUGAUGCUGCGACCAGACGGGAGAUUUUCUCCCUGCAGUUCCGUAACAUGCCUGUAGCAGAGAACGUUUCCCUCGAUGAGCUGGUGACUCGGACCAAUAAGUAUUCUGGAGCAGAGAUAACAGCAGUAUGCAGAGAGGCCGCCCUCCUGGCCCUGCAGGAGGACAUCAAAGCCGAGCACAUCGAGGCCAGGCACUUUGAAAAUGCCCUGAACACAGUGAAGCCCCGAAUCCCCGACUCUCUCAUCCAGUCAUACAUCAGCUAUCAGCAGCAGCACAGUGGCCUCUGCUUCUUCUGACUGCACCACUCUGGGACAUUUAUCUCAUUUUCAGUUGCUUUUUACAUUAUGUGUACAAUUGUUGCUAUUUGUGCUGCAAAAUAAAAUUU